AUGGAUGUAAGACCAAAGAUUAUCUCUGGAAGAGAAAGACCAGCUUAUAAACAUCCUCAACAUACACAGAAAGCAUUUGAUUGUUUAAAUCAAAUGAGAAAGUGUAGUUUAUUAUGUGAUGUUAUAUUGGUAGCUGAUGUUGUAGAGAUUUCAGCUCAUAAAGCAGUUUUGUCAUCAUGCAGUCAGUAUUUCUAUGCUAUGUUUACUGGAGAGAUGUUUGAAUCAAAAGCUGAAAGAAUUACCUUACAAGAAAUAGAUGCUAAAGCCUUAUCAUUAUUAGUAGAUUUUGUUUAUACGUCUGAAAUACAUGUAACAGAAGAAAAUGUCCAAACAUUAUUACCAGCAGCCAACAUUCUACAGUUAACAGAAGUAAGAGAUGCAUGUUGUGAAUUCCUUCAAGCUCAGUUACAUCCCUCAAAUUGUCUUGGUAUUAGAGAUUUUGCUGAUGUUCAUGCCUGCUCUGAAUUGUUUAAUUAUGCUCAAACCUACUCUGAACAACAUUUCACUGAGGUUGUUCAUUAUGAUGAAUUUUUAUCAUUAAAUGAAAAUCAGAUGAAGAAAUUAAUAUCUAGUGAUAGAUUAACAGUAACAUCUGAAGAACAGGUAUUUGAAGGUGUAAUGUCGUGGAUACAACAUGAUAUUGGUAGUAGAAAAGAUAUUAUAUCACAACUAAUAGAACAUGUUAGAUUACCUCUAAUGUCUCAAGAUUAUUUAGUACAACGAGUAGAAGAAGAACCAUUAGUUAAAUCUAAUACUAUCUGUAAAGAUUUUCUUAUAGAAGCUAUGAAGUUUCAUUUACUUAAAGCUGAUCAAAAAGUCUCAUUUAAAACACCCAGAACUCAACCUAGAAACCCCAUAGGCUUACCAAAAGUAUUAUUAAUGAUAGGUGGACAAGCACCUAAAGCUAUAAGAAGUGUAGAAUGUUAUGAUUUUCAAGAAGAACGAUGGUAUCAGUUAGCUGAGAUGCCUACUAGAAGAUGUCGUUGUGGUGUAGCAGUAUUAAAUGGAUCAGUCUAUGCUGUAGGUGGGUUUAAUGGAUCAUUGCGAGUAAGAACUGUAGAUGUAUAUGAUCCAUUAAAAGAUACAUGGACAGCUUGUCCUAGUAUGGAAGCUAGAAGAAGUACAUUAGGAGUAGCUGUAUUAAAUAAUCUUAUUUAUGCUGUUGGAGGUUUUGAUGGUUCUACAGGUCUAGAUAGUGCUGAAUAUUUUGAUGUUAGAACAGGAGAAUGGAAGAUGAUGCCGUCUAUGAGUGUAAGAAGAAGUAGUGUAGGCGUGGGGGUAGUAGGAGGGUUUCUAUAUGCUGUCGGGGGAUAUGAUGGGGCCAGUAGACAAUGUCUAAGUUCUGUAGAAUGUUAUAAUAUACUAGCUGAUGUAUGGAUACUUGUAGCAGAAAUGUCAUGUAGAAGAAGUGGAGCAGGCGUUGGUGUUGUUGAUGGGUUAUUGUAUGCUGUUGGAGGACAUGAUGGACCUUUAGUUAGAAAGAGUGUAGAGGUAUAUAAUCCAGAAUGUAAUACAUGGACUCCUGUAGCUGAUAUGCAUCUUUGUCGACGAAAUGCAGGAGUUGUAGCUAACAAUGGAUUAUUAUAUGUUGUGGGAGGUGAUGAUGGAUCCAGUAAUUUAGGAUCAGUAGAAGUAUAUGACAGUAAAUCUGAUACAUGGACAUUAUUAUCAUCUAGCAUGAUGACAGGACGAAGUUAUGCUGGUGUCACUGUCAUAGAUAAACCAGUUUUAUAG